AUGUUAUCAGCUCAGUCGAUAGUUGUGCCUUCCUCCAGUGAUAUCUGUCCAAGUUCGGCCAUUGCACGUGAGGACUUGAUCAAGGAUGUCACCCUCAGCAUCAUUUCGCACCCUUACUUGGAUGAUUUGCUGGAGAAAAUAAGACAUGAACCUAUACCAUGGCAGGAUUAUGAACGAGCAGGACUGAUCACCGAGGACGAAAGAGUGAUGGUUGAACAUAUCGAGAAUAAGUCACCCGAGGAAAUCACGUCCAUCAUUUCGGAGCACGGCAUUCAUUAUGCGGGUUUAUAUCUGGAAUUGAUGCAAAAUUUGGCUAGAGUGGAUGCCGUUCAAAAAGUCCUGGUAUUAGUUCAUGACAUGUUGAAUGACCAUGAUGAAAGAAUUUUUUUAUUCCACGAGGCAAGCGUUGGGCGUCCAGACUUUCCCUUUGGACCAUUCCAUAAGCAAGUAUUUGCUAAGCAUCUAGCGCUACGUAUCAACGACGAGUUUAUCGGUAUACAAGCGAGCAAAAUUUUGACCUUGCUUAUAUGCUCGACCUCCCACCGGGAUAUCGAUAUUGGUGACUUUUUCCGCUGGAUGACGUUUCAGUUGCAGAGUAGAAAUGCCCCUGUCACCGAGCUUAAUAUCCAGAUCCUUGAUGCCCUAUUCCACAUACCAGCUUACCGCAAAGCAUUUUGGCAAACUCCACAUGCAGUAGACUCAUUGGUGGCUAUUUUGAAGCGAGGGAAUAAUAACCCUCAAAAGGUUUACGAAAUCACGUUUGCAAUCUGGCUGUUGACGUUUGAUGAUGAAAUUGCGGCUCAACUCAACCGCAAGCACGAUGUGCUGCCUAGCCUGGUCGAUAUUGCGAAACACGCCGUCAAAGAAAAAGUGAUCCGUGUUGUUGUGGCUAUUUUCAAGAACCUCAUUGAGCGUGCCCCUCGAGCCAAUUUAUCGGCGAUGCUGGUCGUCAAAGUGCUGCCAUUCGCUGAGCAUCUAAGUACGAGAAAGUGGUCCGAUCAGGAAAUUGUGGAGGAUAUCGAGUUUGUAAAGACACAAUUGCAAGAGAACUUUCAGAGCUUGACAACCUUUGAGGCAUAUGCGGCCGAAGUUGAAACGGGUAAAUUGGAAUGGACACCACCUCAUCAAUCCGAUAACUUUUGGCGCCAAAACGCCGGGCGAUUGAAUGAUCAAGACUAUCACUUGUUAAGACUGUUGACGCGCUUGAUGAGUUCUUCGAAUAACCCAACGGUACUUGCUAUUGCCUGCCAUGAUCUCGGGCAAUACGUCAAGUAUACAUCGUCUGAUGGCCGAAAACGUCUUCAGGAAGUAGGAGCUAAGCAGAGAAUCAUGGAAUUGAUGACCCAUCAAGACCCUGAAGUUCGCUAUCAUGCCUUAUCAGCUACUCAAAAGUACUUUUCCAUGUCCUCCUAA